AUGAGUCAAGAGAUCAAUUUACCUAUACCGACAUAUCCGCCGUUCACGUUAAGGUCUUCGUUGAUCGACAAAGAUCCAGUUAUUUGGGUGCAUCUUCUUGAAGGCUACGUGAAGCUUUUCCAGUUUCUCGCCGAUGGAAACUUCCAGUAUCUCACAAUCAAAUCCAAGCAACAGUUGUACCAGUUUUUAAAGAGUUAUUUAUUUGAAACGUUUGACGAGGAGAAUAAGAUAUUUUCGCUUGGGGCCAUCAAUGUUGACAUCCAGAAGAAUGAAGCAGAGUUGAAGAAAAUGGUUUUCAAUGCCAUCAGGCUCUACAGUCUACUUAAAUUCAAUUUAAUCGGAGAAUCUAUUUGGUAUUUCAUUGGGAUCUACGUCAAUAAGAACCAUACAGUUGUGAGAGGGCUUGUCGAUGGGUCAUUCAAGUCCAAGUUGAAUGACAACAAAAAGUCGGGGAAUAUCAGUUCCAUUGGCUCCGUUCACAGUCAUCUUGAAAAGCUUAUACUUAAUGGAAAGUUCACCGAAAAGGACCUCACCACCUUAUCGGUGCUCUUGGGCCAGUCAAUAUCAACCAAGACAAUUGUGAAUUUGAACAGCGGCAAGUCUGACCGCGUGGUUAACAAGAAGAAGUCUAUAGAGUUUGCUGAAAAGUUUGUGAACAGCGAAUGGGUUGAUAUUUUGGAGAAGGCUUAUGCAAACGGCAGGGGUCUCCAUGCUGGUGUUGCCAAGAACGCAAUGAUAGUAUCUUUAAUCAGUUUACCGGCCACCCAGAUAUCCAAAUUGGUCAAAAGUAAAGAUAUCACCAAACCCUCGAUGAUGAUACUCAGUCCAUUGUUAUGUUCAAUAGUGAUAUCGCCUGAAUUUGGUGACUUGAUUGUUGGAACUGAGGAAAAGCUAGGAUUCUUGAUUCCUGAUGUCUUAGACAUGCAACCAGAAGAUAGUUUCGCUGGAGAAGAACCUUUUCCGGAAGGAUUGGACAACCUUAUAAGUAUAUUCCCAGAUCUUACCCCUGACAAAGCUAAAGCCGUACUCCAGCAAAACGAAAACGAUGUGGAACAUGUAAUCAAUAUGCUACUCGAAAAUCCUGGUCUUAUUGAUGAUAUAAAGGUGUCUAAA